AUGAAGAAUAAAAUGUUAAACAAACCUUUUAAUUGGUCUGGUCUUAACUUAGAAGAAACAUGUAGCAAUGGAAAUUCGUUAAUAAAAGAAGAAAUCAAACAAGAAUUAAAUAAUGCAAAGAAUGUUCAUAAGAAGGCAGAGGAGAAGGUAGAGGAAUUAGAGAAGACAUUGAAUGAGUUAGAGAAGAAGUUGGACAAUAAAGAAUGGAAAGAUAAUUUAGAAUAA